AUGGCUCGAAAUGAAAAUAAAACACAAACCGAAACAGAAACAGAAACAGAAUCUGGCAGCCAGCGAGGAAAAUGGAAAUGGCAGGAAAAUUCAAAUCACAAACUCGGUAUUUAUUUGCGAAGCGUAAAUGAUUACCACUUAAAAUGUGCUCGACUGCCACCUAAAAACCAAUUGUUGGAAAAAGCACAACCAACUGAGUGGGUGUUGGGUUGUGGCUGUGGGUGGGCUGAAGGACACGGCAGCAGAAGGAGUAAAAGGACCAAAGGCAACAUAUACUCCACGUGA